AUGUCGCGGCUCUCCUUGCAUUCAACAGCACUCGUGGGUUUCCGGGUAUGUUGGGGAGCAUAGAUUGCAUGCAUUGGGAGUGGAAGAACUGUCCAACCGCUUGGAAGGGCAUGUUCACUGGCCGUGGGAAGCAAGCCUCGAUGGUGCUAGAGGCAGUGGCUUCCCAUGACCUAUGGAUAUGGCAUGCAUAUUUCGGGAUGCCCGGUAGUAACAAUGAUAUAAAUGUGCUGCAUAGGUCCCCUCUAUUUCGUAGGCAGAUUAGGGAUGAGGCACCCCCGUGCACUUCACCGUAAAUGGCAACGCCUACAAUAUGGGGUACUACCUAGCGGAUGGGAUUUACCCUGAUUGGUCAGCUUUUCUUAAAACUGUUCGUCACCCCAUGACGAACAAAGAUUGUCGGUUCGCCCAGGUUCAGGAGGGGGCACGCAAGGACAUCGAGCGUGCUUUCGGAGUUUUGCAGGCUCGGUGGGCGAUCAUUCGUGGACCUGCUUACGGCUGGGACCGGUACAGGCUCAAGAACAUCAUGAUGGCGUGCAUCAUCUUGCACAAUAUGAUAAUUGAUGACGAGCGCGGUGAGAACCUACCGUACGUGUACGACAGCAAUGGUCCACCGGUGCAGCCUUUCCGGUCUGGUACUCGCGAGCAGACUGAUUUCAUCGCGGCCCACCAUAGGCUUCGUGACAGUGACACGGCACACAAGCUCAAGCGCGACCACAUCGAGCAUAUUUGGUCCUUGUUUGGGUCUUCUUAGCUGUAUGAUGUCUUCUAGUUCCUUCGGAUUUACAUAUGAAGUACCUUAGGCUUGUAUUUCAAUAACGUAGUCAUCUGUUGUCUUCA